AUGUCCUCGGCCACCUCCACCGCCUCCUUGCCCAGCGGCCUGGCGGUGCUGACCACCUUCCCUGAUGUGCUCUUCAUCCCCGAAAUCAUCUUUGGGGGCCUCGUCUGGAUCCUCGUGGCCUCCACCACGGUCAUGGUUCCCAUGGCACAAGGCUGGAUAAUGUUCGUCUCGGUGUUCUGCUUCGUCAUGUCCAUCUCCCUCCUGUGCCUCUACCUUUGCGGGGUGCACGGCGGCAGCCGCUCCUGGGUCACCUUGGACGCCUUCUGCCAGGGCACCGCCGCGCUCUUCUACCUCAGCGCCGCUGUGCUUGAAGCCUACAUCACCUACAACUACAGUAACACCCUUCUAUACACCAUCUAUAAGGAGAACAUUGCUGCUGUGGUAUUUGCUUUCCUAGCCACGCUGAUGUAUGUGAUCCAUAAGGUGUACUCGCUGCUGCGAUGGAAGUCAUCCUGA